AUGGGAUCGACGCGUCCGGCGCCCGGCGCGCACAAUUCCCCGGCGCUGCUGACCCCAUCUGCAAAAGCGAUCAAAUCGCAGCCCCAUCUGCAACCUUCACCGCUACCACUUCAACCCAUUGAGAAUCCGUCCUUGAACCCGGCUUCCGCUGGCCCGCACAGGCCAUCGCCAACAAAAGCACUGCUGUCUCAAGGCGGCUCCCACCCGGGCCAAGGAAAACUCGGUUUCGUGCCCAUCACCGCCCCGGCUCCUCCCACGUUCACCACCGACUCUCCCACCAAGAAACCGCCAUUCUCGAUCUACUCCCCGUCCUCGAUGCCCCAGUCGGCUCUAUUUACCACCUUCCCCAGUGUGGAUCUUGAAUCUUCCAAAGAAAACCACCAUCCGGACGAGCCGUCGAAUGACAACUUCGCGGACUUCCCCGAACCCUCGUAUGAAUCCAAGCUGCCUAUGAAAAGAACCCUCAUGGACGCUGCUCCGUUAAAAGAGCGCUCGGUGAAGAAGCAGAAGCGCGAGGAUGAGCCCUAUGUCCCCCUUCCCGAGCCGCAUGACAUGCCGCCAAUCGAAGAUGAUGGCACCAAGCCCCCGUAUAGCUACGCGACCUUGAUCGGGAUGUCCAUUCUUCGCGCCCCCAAUCGACGCUUGACGUUGGCUCAGAUCUAUAAAUGGAUCUCAGACACCUUCUCCUACUACAAGAACAGCGACGCCGGCUGGCAAAACAGUAUCCGACACAAUCUUAGUCUCAACAAAGCAUUUAUCAAGCAAGAACGCCCCAAGGAUGACCCAGGCAAGGGGAAUUAUUGGGCGAUCGAGCCUGGGAUGGAGGUUCAGUUCCUCAAGGACAAACAAGUACGGCGGCCAACCAUGGCCAGUCUACCCCUCCCCGCCGUCCCUCAAAGAGAUCUCGUCCCCCAGCCGCAGAGUGCCAACACCACGACAUGGAUGGUGCCGCCCCCGUCGGUGCAGCAGCCGGCUCCCAAGCUGCCGCGCAACGUGGAUCUGUCAUCCGACGCCACAUUGCCCGCGUCUGAUCCAGCCUUGCAGGAGGACAUGGGCGACGAGGGAUUCCAUGGGGGAGCACCGCAUGCGGGACCACCACGGUCUUCGCCGCCACAAGCCAUUCAGUCAUCGCCUCCGAUUGCGCCCCGCUGUGUCCGUCAGGGAACUCCUCCCACGCCGACCCAGUCAGGCCCCAUCGCUGCCCCACGUCCCCGAAAGCGCAAAUCGAUCACCAUGAAUGAUAGCGGCUAUUUCUCUUCUCUGGAGUCAUCCGCUUUAAGGCCCAACAAAGCAGGCCAUAUCCUCACAUCCGAUCUUGAUAUCGAUCCACCGCGCAUCAAAAGAGGUCGUGCCGAGGAGGAAAUUGCGCGCAUCCGAAGUUCAUCGCAUGACCUGAGUCCCGGUCAGCCGGCAACUCGCAAAGAUGCCAGCAUGUUGGUCGGUUCUUCUCCGCUUCGGGGCGAGUACGUGAGCAUGCUGCCACCACCGCUCACUCCCGUGAUCAAGUUCAAGAAACCCGCCAAACCGCCACCAUCGGUUUCUCCAAACACCAAUCUCCGGAACCAUCGUCGAAAGAUACAGCAAAUGGUCAACUCCCCCAUCAAGCAUCUGGGCCUCACUGACGAGGACCUGCCGUGGAGUCCGGCCUUCAACCUGCAAGACGAGACCUACACACCACAGGAUCACUUCCACACUACCUUUGAUGUUUUUGCGGAUCCUGGCACUGAGAAUAGCUCUGUGGCGUAUGGGUCCCCGGAGAAGCGCUCGGCAAAGCGCCCGCGCACCGACAAUGGUAACACAGCCCUCACCGACAUCACCUCUGUGAGCGCGAAUAGUCGGCUGGGUGCGCCGUCAUUGCCCCGAUCCAAGACAUCGAUCUUCCCCGAAUCCCCAUCAAAGCUGCCGGACACGAGCCGCCUUGGGGACACAAGUCAGGAUGACUUUUUCUCGUUCCAUCUCUUUGACGAAGCCAGCGACAGCCCUGGUGAAGUGGACGGAGUUGAUCUGUUGCAAGGAUUCCAGAAGAUUGGAGGCUCCAACAAAGACGACACCCUCAAGCCUCGGGCGCUUCAUGCGCGGCCUCCAAUGAGCCACCGCAGCAACACCACUUUGUUUUAA